AUGGAGAGAAGAGUGGUUAUCAUAGGAGCAGGAAUUAGUGGCCUUCUCGCCUGCAAGUAUGCGGUCGAGAAGGGCUUUGACCCGGUGGUGUUCGAGGCCGAGGACCGCAUCGGGGGAGUCUGGAAUCACACCAUUCAAUCGACCAAGCUGCAGAAUGCGAAGGACGGCUUCCGGUUCUCGGACUUCGAUUGGCCAGCCUCUGUGCAGGAGAUAUUCCCCAGCCACACUGAAGUCCUGGACUAUGUUGAGUCCUAUGCUCAGCACUUCAAUUUAUAUCCUUACAUCAAGUUCCAUUCCAGAGUGAUUAACAUCGAUUUCGUUGGGGAGUCAUUCGAAGAGAUGAAGACGUGGGAUUUGUGGGGUGGGACGGGAAUGGCAUUUGGCUCGAAGGGGAAGUGGCACAUUACUGUCCUGGACACAAAGACUAAUGCCACAGAGAGAUGGGGCAUCUCGAAAUUCUCAGAAAUCUAUCUCCAGUGGAAACUCCCGUUGAAGAAGUACGGAGUAGUACCAAGACACAGCUUUCUUGAGGACUUGUCUUCGUGUCAAAUUGGCAUGCUGCCCGACAAUUUCUAUGAUAAAGUUGAGGAGGGAAGCAUCCUAGUCAAGAGGUCGCAGAGCUUUCGCUUCUGCAAGGAAGGUCUGAUAGUGGGCGGAGAAGACAAACCGAUCUCGAGCGAUCUCGUGAUCCUUGCCACCGGAUAUAAAGGCGAUCAGAAGCUCAAGAACAUUUUCAGAUCUUCAGUCUUCCAAAAGUACCUCGUCCCUUCACCUACUUCAACCAUUCCUCUUUACAGCUUUUUUUCGCCAAGCACCCUCUUCUUCCUUGUGAAUCCCGGCUGCAACCUCGUCCCCAGUUCUCGUCUGUACGCUCCCCUUCGUUCAGUGUCCGAGCCAGCUCUGUUCUUGCUGUCGAGCAGCAUGGUCUUCAAGGUAUUCAAUCUGAUUUUGUGA